GCUGGCGCGCACCCACUCGCUCGCCCCUCCAGUCCGGCUGCUCCUGCCCCCACCCCACCGGUCUGGGAUGUACCUUUCCAUCUGUUGCUGUUUCCUCCUAUGGGCCCCUGCCCUGACGCUCAAAAACCUCAACUACUCGGUGCCGGAGGAGCAAGGGGCCGGCACGGUGAUCGGCAACAUCGGCAAGGAUGCUCGACUGCAGCCAGGGCUUCCGCCCGCAGAGCGUGGCGGCGGCGGCGGCGGUGGCGGCGGCGGCGGGCGAAGCAAGUCGGGUAGCUACCGGGUGCUGGAGAACUCAGCGCCGCACCUGCUGGACGUGGACGCGGACAGCGGGCUCCUGUACACCAAGCAGCGCAUCGACCGUGAGUCCCUGUGCCGCCACAACGCCAAGUGCCAGCUGUCCCUCGAGGUGUUCGCCAACGACAAGGAGAUCUGCAUGAUCAAGGUGGAGAUCCAGGACAUCAACGACAAUGCUCCUUCCUUCCCCUCGGACCAGAUCGAGAUGGACAUCUCGGAGAACGCUGCCCCCGGCACCCGCUUCCCUCUCACCAGUGCACAUGACCCCGACGCCGGCGAGAACGGGCUCCGCACCUAUCUGCUCACGCGCGACGACCACGGGCUCUUCGCGCUGGACGUCAAGUCCCGCGGCGACGGCACCAAGUUCCCAGAGCUGGUUAUCCAGAAGGCGCUGGACCGCGAGCAGCAGAACCACCACACGCUUGUGCUGACCGCCCUGGACGGCGGCGAGCCGCCGCGGUCCGCCACCGUGCAAAUCAACGUGAAGGUGAUCGACUCUAACGACAACAGCCCGGUCUUCGAGGCUCCCUCCUACCUGGUGGAGCUGCCAGAGAAUGCCCCGCUGGGCACCGUGGUCAUUGAUCUGAACGCCACCGACGCCGACGAGGGUCCCAAUGGUGAAGUGCUCUACUCCUUCAGCAGCUAUGUGCCUGACCGCGUGAGAGAGCUUUUCUCCAUCGAUCCUAAGACCGGCCUGAUCCGUGUCAAGGGCAACCUGGACUAUGAGGAGAAUGGGAUGCUGGAGAUCGACGUGCAGGCCCGAGACUUAGGGCCCAACCCCAUCCCAGCCCACUGCAAGGUCACUGUCAAGCUCAUCGACCGCAACGACAACGCGCCGUCCAUCGGUUUCGUCUCCGUGCGCCAGGGGGCGCUGAGCGAGGCCGCCCCGCCCGGCACCGUCAUCGCCCUGGUGCGGGUCACUGACCGGGACUCAGGCAAGAACGGGCAGCUGCAGUGCAGGGUACUGGGCGGAGGGGGGACGGGCGGCGGCGGCGGCCUGGGCGGGCCCGGAGGUUCUGUGCCCUUCAAGCUCGAGGAGAACUACGACAACUUCUACACAGUGGUGACCGACCGCCCGCUGGACCGUGAGACACAGGACGAGUACAACGUGACAAUUGUGGCGCGGGACGGGGGCUCGCCUCCACUCAACUCCACCAAGUCGUUCGCUGUCAAGAUUCUGGACGAGAAUGACAAUCCUCCUCGUUUCACCAAGGGACUCUAUGUGCUGCAGGUGCACGAAAACAACAUCCCAGGAGAGUACCUGGGCUCAGUGCUCGCGCAGGACCCCGACCUGGGUCAAAACGGCACAGUGUCCUACUCCAUCCUGCCCUCGCACAUCGGCGACGUGUCCAUCUACACCUAUGUGUCUGUGAACCCCACCAAUGGGGCCAUCUACGCUCUGCGCUCUUUUAACUACGAGCAGACCAAGGCUUUUGAGUUCAAGGUGCUUGCUAAGGACUCGGGGGCGCCCGCACACUUGGAGAGCAACGCAACUGUGAGGGUGACAGUGCUAGACGUGAAUGACAACGCGCCGGUGAUAGUGCUGCCCACGCUGCAGAACGACACCGCUGAGCUGCAGGUGCCGCGCAAUGCCGGCCUGGGCUACCUGGUGAGCACCGUACGCGCCCUUGACAGCGACUUCGGCGAGAGCGGGCGCCUCACCUACGAGAUCGUAGAUGGUAACGACGACCACCUGUUUGAAAUCGAUCCCUCCAGCGGCGAGAUCCGCACGCUGCACCCCUUCUGGGAGGACGUGACGCCAGUGGUGGAGCUGGUAGUGAAGGUGACGGACCACGGGAAGCCCACCCUGUCCGCGGUGGCCAAGCUUAUCAUCCGCUCGGUGAGCGGCUCCUUGCCCGAAGGGGUUCCUCGGGUAAACGGCGAGCAGCACCACUGGGACAUGUCGCUGCCGCUGAUCGUGACACUAAGCACUAUCUCCAUCAUUCUCCUAGCGGCCAUGAUCACCAUUGCCGUCAAGUGCAAGCGUGAGAACAAGGAGAUUCGCACUUAUAACUGCCGCAUCGCCGAGUACAGCCACCCGCAGCUGGGCGGGGGCAAGGGCAAGAAGAAAAAGAUCAACAAAAAUGAUAUCAUGCUGGUGCAGAGCGAGGUGGAAGAGAGGAACGCCAUGAACGUCAUGAAUGUGGUGAGCAGCCCCUCCCUGGCCACCUCCCCUAUGUACUUCGACUACCAGACCCGCCUGCCCCUCAGCUCGCCCCGGUCGGAGGUGAUGUAUCUCAAACCCGCCUCCAACAACCUGACUGUUCCUCAGGGGCACGCGGGCUGCCACACCAGCUUCACGGGACAAGGGACUAAUGCAAGCGAGACCCCUGCCACUCGGAUGUCCAUAAUUCAGACAGACAAUUUUCCCGCAGAGCCCAAUUACAUGGGCAGCAGGCAGCAGUUUGUUCAAAGUAGCUCCACGUUUAAGGACCCAGAAAGAGCCAGCCUGAGAGACAGUGGGCACGGGGACAGUGAUCAGGCUGACAGUGACCAAGACACUAACAAAGGCUCCUGCUGUGACAUGUCUGUUAGGGAGGCACUCAAGAUGAAAACUACUUCAACUAAAAGCCAACCACUUGAACAAGAACCAGAAGAGUGUGUUAAUUGCACAGAUGAAUGCCGAGUGCUUGGUCAUUCUGACAGGUGUUGGAUGCCACAGUUCCCUGCAGCCAAUCAGGCUGAAAAUGCAGAUUACCGCACAAAUCUCUUCGUACCCACAGUUGAAGCUAAUGUUGAGACUGAGACUUACGAAACUGUGAAUCCCACUGGGAAAAAGACUUUUUGUACAUUUGGAAAAGACAAGCGAGAGCACACUAUUCUCAUUGCCAAUGUUAAACCUUAUUUAAAAGCCAAACGUGCCCUGAGCCCUCUCCUCCAAGAGGUCCCCUCAGCAUCAAGCAGCCCAACCAAGGCAUGCAUCGAGCCUUGCACCUCAGCAAAAGGCUCUCUGGAUGGUUGCGAAUCAAAACCAGGAGCCCUGGCUGAAGCAAGCGGCCAGUACUUGCCCACUGACAGUCAGUAUCUGUCACCCAGUAAGCAACCGAGAGACCCUCCGUUCAUGGCUCCCGAGCAGAUGGCAAGGGUCUUUGCAGAUGUGCAUUCCAGAGCCAGCCGGGAUUCCAGCGAGAUGGGUGCUGUUCUUGAGCAACUUGACCACCCUAACAGGGAUCUGGGCAGAGAAUCUGUGGAUGCAGAGGAAGUCGUGAGAGAGAUUGAUAAGCUUUUGCAGGACUGCAGGGGAAAUGACCCUGUGGCUGUGAGAAAGUGAAAACAAACAAAAAAAAAAAAAAAAAGAAAAGAAAAGAAAAAAGAAAAGAAAAAAAAGCAUUGGCAUUUUCUUGUCUCUUCUGUUGAUUUAAAAAUGAUCCCUCCUGGUGACAACCCGUUUCACAGGGAUGAAGAAAGACCAAUGCUGCUUUAAGGCUUUUAGUGAACAUCUGAAGUGCCCACAAGUAUGUUCUUUUCACUGCUGUUUCUUUUUCAGAGAUAACAAUGGUUUUGUUUUUGACCAAACUUAUAUUAGGACAGAAUUAAUGAUGUUGAAAGAGAAAAAGGAAAAGAGAGAAGAAAAAGGGAAGAAGACAAAGGAGGACGAGGAGCCGCGUUACCUUUUGACAAUCUGUUAGGAAGGUAUGCGGCGUGAGAGUUGAAGUGUUUCUGAUCAGUCUGAGACUGUCCUCCGUGAUUUAUGCUGACGUAACUGUUUACCUAUAAACCCCAUACAAAGCAGGGUCAUAAUUUGUGAUCUGUGGUGGAUUUCUAGCCGUCAUCACAGGCUUCUACGUAAAGUCCCGAAAAGACCUUGCAGUAGUCCAAGCUACACCAAACAUUAACACAUAUUUGUGGUAAACAUUUCUGUAUAAAGUUACCUGCCACACGUAUAAACACAAAGAACAUUCCAUAUCAUCAGUCAAAAAAAAAAAUUUACAAAAAACUUGGUCAUUUGUAAGACACUUCAUGUCGUAUAAAAGUUAAAUGUAAAAAGAUAUAGUCCAUUUUGUCCUGCACACACAUAGACUAAUUCACUUCAUUAAAGGAGAAGAAAUUUUUAAAAAGUUGAAAAUGCCUCUUCAGCAUUUUAGUGUCCAACAAACAUAUAAGUAAUGAUGGAUAUGUUUUAAAUUUGACCUGAAAAAUAGUUACCAUUGAGUGAUAAUAUUCGGAGGAAAUUAACAUGAUCAAUAUAUUUUAUUCGUUUCUGGACACUAAAAUAGCUCAGGAAAGUGAAAAUGUCUUAGACAUCACAAAUCACGUGACCAUUUAAAUGUGCAAAUGUAAGAAGAUUCAAUGUGUUUACAUCAAAUGACAUAUUUUUAUUGAUUUAUUGCAGAUUCAGUGCAUAUGAGCCAAAUUGUUGAGUGUAUAAGAGCUAUAUUGUGUAUUUUAUUAAAUUAAUAUAUAGUUGUGUUGCAAAAAUAUUUGGGCUUAUAUUGUAAAUGGCAAGUGUUGCCUCGGUAGCUGUCGAACUCUAUGAGUUUUGUUUUUUCCUGCUUCCUUUUCCCCAUGGAGUGUGGGAAGCAGUGCCUCAGAGCAAAGUCUCUUGUUUAAUGUAUAGUCUACCAAGUACUACAGUACAUAAUCUGUUCAAAAUGUGUUUGAGUGAGCUGAUGGAGCUAACUGAAAGGUCAAAAAAUACAUCCGUCAGUCAUGGUUAUGUGCAAGUCCUUGUAGAAGCUUUUAUUAAAGUCACGCUAAAUCACAAGAAUUACAUGUGUACCAAUACCUGAAACUUGUUCACGUUUUUUCAAUAACAUACAGCUUCUGCCUAUGUAGAUACCAUAAUGUUGCUUGGUUCUCAGAAGUAUCUUAAAUGGUUCAAGAUGUGUGUUCCCAUUAUAUUUCACAACCAUGAAAAAUGCUUUAAUGCAUGUGUGGUGCCAGCACUGGUUAUUUGCAUUGUGUUGUGUUUUUCAAGAGGUCUGGGUCUUAGCGAAAUGUUAUUCCUUUUUCUCAGUACUCUUCUGCCUCCUUUUAUCGGUGUCCUUCGAGAACAGUACACCUUCCAUUCCUUCAUUUGGUUAUACCUUUUCUUGUGACAUUUAGCAAGUUUCAAACUUAACUUCCAUCUGAGGCUAGGAAACCUCAAAUUUCAGGAAUUGGGAAAAACAAAAUUAGCACUUGCAGAAGUAGGAGCAGAUGGGAAAAUGCCUUGAUUGACAUUUUCCUUCAGCGUUGAAAAUUUUUGGCAUUUUCCAGCUUCAUGACAAACAGUUUCCAGCCCAUACCUUACAAAAUGUGGUGCUGAGUUAAAUAAAGGCUGUUUGUGCACUGGAGCAGAAAAAUGCGUUCUUUGCAAACUGGUGGAGAUUCUGUGCCUUCUUUUCUGGCCACCAAGCCAGUGUAGAAACAGCAUAAAUGUCAUAGAACCAUUAUAUUAAAAACAAAAGCAAAAGCAAAAACAAACACUGAACUGAAGUAAGUUUUGUAAUUUUAAACCUCAAAAAAUUCAACUGAAAAUAUUUCCAUCAAAUGCCGUCAAGAUUUUAGACUGUACCUCGUUUGCAAAACCGCUUUGAAAGGGAAGAGUGGACGACUCCCAUCAGCCUUAUUCUCUCGAGAACUGGAUUUGGUUCCUAGUAACAGCCUUUCCAAAGCUCUACUCUUGAUUUAUAUUAUUCAUAAAUGUUUAAAUUAGAAAAGAAGGGAUCUUGUACAUGUGAAACCCAAUUGACUCUCUAUAUUUUGGACAAUUUAUGUAUCUGAAAUGUGUUGUCUCUGUUAUAUGAUGUUAUUUUUUUGCCAGGAGACUACAGGUUGAUUUAGCUUGAUAGCUGGAAUUUGAUGGAAAACUAAUUUCCAUUUAGUCUUACCAAGUGUCGCUUCUCUCUUACUAGACAGAUAGCCACGUAGUUCAAUCUAAGGCAGUAUGUAAAUGAGAUCAACAAAGAGAGUAGGGUUUAUUUUUAAAACAUUCUUAACGCUGAGUAACCAGUUGUUCAAUUUAUUAUAUGUGUCUGAAGACAUUAAAACACUAUAAGAUUUUAAGAAUUGGUUGUGCCAAUGUGUGAGGGAUUUACCUUUAGGCUCUCUGUCACCAGUGACUUACUAGUGUUAGCUGUUUAACACAUUAUCUGUAGUUAGUAGUGAUUAUUUAUUUACAAGUUGGUGGUAAUUUCAGCAGUCAGGACGCUAAGCUUUUAUAGUUGAGUUGAGGGAAUCUCGCCUUUAUUCAUUUGGCUGGCGACUGCCUUUAUCACAGACCUCUGGUGCUCGGCUUCCAAGGAAGUCUAUGAGAUGCCAAAAUCACCCCUCCGUGGAGCAGCAUGCUCUAAGGGGUGAUGCAUGAUCCAACAGUGAUAUUUCAAGGGGUUUCAGCAUCAUUCACAAUGUGGAAAAAUUGUCUUAAUUCGCAUCCUCCAAAUACCAACCCCUCAAAAAAAUCCCACACAUUCAAAAAGAAUGAUUUGCUAAUACUUUGUCUUUUAGGUCCUUAAAUACCUGAAGUGAAGCACAGACUAAGAAUUUAUAGGAAUUUUUGUAAGAAAGUCAAAAAGUUCUGAAGAUUGUUUACUGAUGAACUAAAAAAAAAUCAGUAGCAAAACAACCUUUUCAUUAAAUGUUAAUGAUGAAAGAUCUUUUCAUCAAAGUUCAAAGUAGUGAGAAUCAGUGUUAGUUAUACCUAUACCAAAGUAAACAUUAAAGAGACAUAUCAUGCAAUUUUAAAGAAUGCUUUCAUAUUACUUCUUAACCUUACGUACUUAUCCUUAUUGCAGGCAAUAUACAAAGAUUGGCUCACUACUCCAUGAAUUAAUUGAAUUCCUAGUUGAGAAAUUGACUCUGUUUCAUUUUCCUGAGAUCUUGUAAAACAUGACUUCCCUUUAAAGGAUCCAGGCAGUGCUCAAUUUAAAAAAUGACACCAUAAAAAAAAUUCAUGUAGUAAUAGAGCAGUAUGCUUUAUUAGAACUAGGUUCAAAGCUGUUUGUUGCCUAAUGGAGUAGAAGUUGCUGAGGUCAACAAGGAGACUGAGGUCUGGCAUAAUAUAUGCCCACUCAUUAUUGUCUAAUUAUAUUCUUUUGACAACAGACAGCAUUUAUCACAGCAUUAAUUCAAAUGAGAGUUUUGGCUAUCAAGAUGUGUUGAUUUGAAACAUAAUUGAAUGAGACCUGAUUAAAGUCUGACUUUCCUGGCCCCAGUGUUUUGCAGGUUGGCUAUUCCCAUUUAUCAGCCCCAUCACUCCAUAAGGUUCUUAGCUGCACCAAGCGAUUGGUGACCAAGGACAACAACAACAACAACAACAAAAGCAGCAUACAUUGUAUGGAUUUAUCUCAACGCUAUUGUUUAAUGGCUGUGUUUAAUGUGACCUAUCUGGAAAAUGAGGACUCCGAAUAAAAAGCUAUUACUAAUA